UCAACAAUAAACAGGAACAAAAGGCAUCUGUCUGCGGAUCCAACGCCAUUCGAAGAGUUGAGGACUAAGUGCAAGGUGCAACUUUUGCGGAAGAAGGUAAAUCAUUAACCUUCGUGUAUACACUAUACAAUUAUUCUCUUUGCUUAAUUCUAGUCUUAUUUGUUUAUGAAGUUGUCUUUUAUUCCUUUAAUUCUGGCUUUGGUAUGGCUUUCAGUGGUGUAGAUAUCAUAAUCAAGUUACUCGGGAUUAUUUCAUGGUAAAAGCGAGUACAAAGAUCAAGUAAUAGCUUCACAUAAGACAGUUACAUAACUAGAGGUUCAUUUGUCUAACUAAAGUUUUCUGUCGCUGUUUUGGUGUCUCACUACUUCACUGUGCCACAUGAUACUGAAUCGCUGAACAUUUUUAAAAAAUUGUCACGGCAUCUAUAUCAGUAACAACACUUAAUCAGUUUGAUCACUCAUUACGGCGUUACGUUCAAGAUACUGUUAAGAAAAUAAUGAACAUGAAGUUUCUCGCAGGAAACGGAUAUUUUUUUCCAUUCUAGUAGCCGAGUUCAGAUCGGUUAAACUUUCAAAAUAAAGGAAACAAAGUAGGGAGAGGGGGUUUGUUACCGGCCCAAGUCUUAGGUUUAAACAUUAACCGAUAAAUCAUGAGGUCAUCGAUGUAAAAAUUAUGAAGAGGCGAAACAAAACAAAUCUAAAAGUGAGGUUAAUUUAGAUUUCUUCUUCCUUUUCGUACUUUUUCAUUAAAGACAGGUUAAAAUAAGUUCCUAAAGAACAAUUCCGCAGUAGAUUGAAAUUGUUAAAAUUUCAACAUCUUUUUCUCGUUUUGUUUUGACAUUUUGUCACUCAAUCUUUCAUAUGAUUUCUGGUUGUUUGAAUUUCUCAUGAGCUGGAAUUGAAUAACAUAAAGUGAAAUAAUUGUUAACAAAAUAAGAACUUGCCGGAUACCACCUCACUUUUUAGUGAAACGGCCACAUAUCAGGCCUUAUCAGCCACCAUGACCCCUCACAACGGCAACAUAUUAGCUCCUUUCAGCUUCCUAUAUUGAAAAGAUAAGUUUUAUGAGACUAAAUUUCUUCUGUGCUCACGUCCAGGUUUUUCUUUUUUAUUCCUUCACGCUUCACGUAUCAUUACCUCAAAUAUUGGUUUAACCAUGUAUGCAAAAUAUCCUGCAUUUUUUAGAAGUGUAGGGCUGGUCGGGCUGACGUGAGCCGGUCUGGAAAGAGCCGUCUGAGCCUGCGCUCGCAUGGUUCUGUUGCAGAGAACGCAAAUUCCUGUGGCAGACUUUAAUAUAAAAAUAUAACAGAAAUGAAAAAAAUGAGUCGCAGUUUUCGAUGAAUUGUCAGUCUCUUGUUCUGACUCAAGGAACUUGAUAACCAGUUUUUAUUACGGAAUCUUUUUUGUAAUCAACGCGUGCCAAUGGUUUAAAUGUAAAUGCGUCUUAUACAAGAUCGAACACGAUUUCAAAAUUUUAAUAUUUAGUGCUCCUAUAAACAAAUACCUUUUGACUGAGUAAGUCUUGACCUCGAACCAGUUUUUUCCCGUACGGCCCUUCCGCUCAGUCACUAAGCACAUAGUAUUUUUGGCACUAAUAUUCUUAGAAGAACAUCAUAAUCAGUCGUUACGCGAUCUGACUCAACCUCCCUGGUUUUUUCGCUCCUCCGUUACCAUUAUGCUGUUUAAUAUCACGCAUCAUUUUACCGGCUGAACGCCUGAAACAGAGAGCCUUGAUUUUACAAUUUAGGAACUUUUUGUUGUCAGUGUCAGUUUGGUUCCAUACCAUCGCCAUCAUAUUGACAUAAUGUUUCUUUGUUAGAUUCAUCGAGAAAUUUACCAAAUACAGAAUGAGGAACUUCUUGAUUGCAUUGGCUCUGAUUGCCGUUUUCGCUACUGUGCAGUGUAUGCCAGCUGGUAAGUAAGCGAUACAUCUGCUAGUGAAAUGAACGAUCUGGUAUAAACUUUAAGAUGGUGCGGGUUUCGUACCUAACUCCAAUCCUAAUCAAUUUUGAAAAAAAGAUUCAACAUGCGAUGUGGCUGUGCCCUAUGGGGCACACUUAGUCGAAGAGAAAAUAUCCCAGCUGUUUUUCUUUUCUAAUAUUUUUUAAUGGUUUGUACAGCAUUAUGGAUCUUAUAACUAAAAUGUCACGCUAUUAGAUACCCAUGAAGAUAAGGCUCGUAACUACGUUCCAGAAAGUGCCAAUGCCACUGAUCCAGCUGUAGCUGAACCAUCUGAAGCUGAAAAUGAUCCAGCUCAGAGCGAGACUGAGCCUGCUGCAGAGGAUGCUAGCACUGAUGCUGCUGCUGACACCAAAGAAGAUGAUUCAGCCGCCGCUGAUGACAGUAACGAUGAUGAUCUUGAUGAUGAUAGCGUUGACGAGAACGACGAGGAUGAAGAGGACGAUGAAGAUGAUGAAGAUGAUGAAGAUGAUGAGGAUGAUGAAGACGAUGAAGAUGAUGAGGAUGAUGGUGACGAUAGUGAUGAUGGUGACGAUAGUGAUGAUGGUGAUGAUGAGGAUGACGGUGAUGAUGAGGAUGAGGGUGAUGAUGAGGAUGACGGUGAUGAUGAAUAG